GGGUGACAUGACAACGUGUUAUCAUAAGUCGUAACGGAAGCAGAAUGUUCAUGUUGGUUCACCUAGUGAAGCAGGUGGCAAGCAAUUCUCGCUGGUCACGGAAGGUGACUAGCCGCACUGUGUCAAGCCUCUGCAGCGUACACACUGCGACCCAGGUCGUUGGUACUCCAUCUCGCGGACCAACGUUGAAUCUCUUCGUGGAUUUCGAAGGAGACCGGUGGACCCGGCUUUUCAGUGGACCAGCAAAGCCUCCUGCUGCGCUUUUGAAACAGCGAGCUGAAGACUUCGAAGUGCGCGAGAUUGCGAGGAACGGCGACCUUGCUGCGUUUUCGCCCGUUGAAGACACUGCGUCCAAGGAUGAGCCACCUGCUGGUAAGUUCGAAGUCGAAGACUGCGUCUCAGAACAAAGUAGCGUGUGCAGCCCUUAUAGACUCGCAUUUGAUGACGGGUGGGCAAGAAGCAAAGAGGUGCUUAGACAGGAACGCAUUGGCCCGCCAUCUAGCGCAGCGGAUUUUUUGGAUCUUGAAAACCAUGACCGAAAGGCAUUUGUGUCGAAGCGUCUCGUUACUCUUUUCGAUGACGGUACUGAAGAUAUUCAGCCUGAGGGUGCUGCAUCGGACGCAUCAAUGGAGUCGGGUGAAGGCAACACUUCAAACCAGCGUCCAAUCAAGCGCCAGCGAGCGUUCUUUCUGCGUGUCAUGCGGGUUAAGGGGGCUCUCGUUGCGCGUUACCAAGAUGAGCUUACACGCGUCACAGCUCGGCUCACUGAGAUCGGUAAAGCGAAAUUUCGAUUGGCGCGCGACCCAUUACUAGAAUUGGCUCUCCAGAGGUAUUUCGAAGAAUGGGAUAGAGUUGCAAUAUUGAGAUUCGUCGAGACGGGCUACUCACGAGAAACACUCCGGUGCCCGUUGAAAGCGGGGAGUUGUACUGAUCCAGCGACGAUUCAAAAAGCGCUGGGAAAUCCAAUACUGGGACUUCUAGUGAAACAUGCUGAUGUUGAUGAUAUUGAUGCUGUUGGAGCUUCCAAUUCCAACUAUGCUACCUCAUCCUCUGGUACUGUAAAUUUUGUGCGUUUGUCGUGGCAAGCACGCGCCAGCAUACCAGAGCUUUUUCUUAGUCAAGUGUGGAGAUUCGAACUAUGGAAAAAAAAUUUGAGCGGUCCAUCUUUACUCCGGAAGCUAGAGUGGGAAUUGAAGCUACCCUACGGAAGUAUUCGCAGUGGAGGUGUCAAAGACAAAAAUGCUGUGACGUGUCAAUUUUUAGAAAUACCGGUCGCUGGCUGCACGCCAGAAAAAGCGAAAAUGGAAAUUGAGGACGCUGUAGCAAGAUUGCGCUCCCGAUGUCUACCACCUAAGCUUGACACAAGAUCUGAUGAGGAGAAUCAACGUCAUAGGUUGCACUCGCAGAGGACGAAUACCUCUUCUUUGCAAGUAGGUAAUUUUCAGCUUCGCUCCCAUGGCUCUCUUAGCUGGGGUGAAACAGGAGGGAACCGGUUCAAAAUCGUGUUACGCGAUAUCGCGGAUAUAUCCAGAGUCAAAGAAAACGUCGAACGCGUUAGGGCACAUGGAUUUCCCAACUACUUCGGGCCUCAGAGAUUUGGUCUCUCUGGGAAUGGAUAUCACCGGGGAGGUUUGAAAGUUGAUCUUAAUGCUGCGUCUAUUUCGAAGCACAGAGAACGGCAAGCAUACUCACCUGACGUUAGUAGCAGUGAACUCGAAAUAAGGGGUGGUGAUCGCAUCAAUGAGAGUUCUGAUUCAUCAUCGCAGAACGUGCGCAUUGGUCUGGCCUUGUUGCGCCGAGACUGGGCAACCGCGCUCCGGGAUUGGCUCGGUGAAACUGAGCCAGGUUUCGAACUAAAGCGAAGGAAAAUGCACAAGGUAUCAAAUCAAACUACAACAGGGGCCACAUCAGUAAUGCGGGACGACAGCGCACAAAGACAAGCACGAAGCAUGCUAGGAAAACGUGGGUGGAAGGAUAGCCAGUGGAUCUUGCGGAACGCAGCACAACCUCAAGUGAUGAAUAUGUGGGUUCUAGCAGUGACCAGCAUGCUUUGGAACGAUGUGGCGAGUGCGACAUUACUGGAGUAUUCGCGAGGCCAAGGGGAAGGCUUUCUCCAGAAUGGCUACACGGAUACUUUUUUAAGCUUGCCUACCCUGGGUAUCCUCCCAAAGGACCAGAAUGCUGCCGGAGCUGAAAGCAGCACGCAAAAUAUAAGAACGGCCUUGUCAGCCUAUCCGAUCACACGUGAGUUGUUAGAAAGACUCUAUGGAAAAAUGCUUUCGAAAUUACGUUUACGCGUCGCAGAUUUCGAUCUAGGUGCAGAUUUGGGGGUAGAAGUUCCCGCGCUCCUACGUUCUGUGAUCUCGCAUCCUCAAAGGGGACAAAUAGAGUUGGAAACUUUUUCGGACAAAAGUACAGCGUCUCUAUGCUUUGCUCUCAACCCAGGCACUUACGCAACAAGUCUAUUGCGCGAAAUCGUGAGUAUUCGAUGAGUUGUUUUUGGAGUAUACUUAUGAGGAUCAUACAGCAUCCAUGCACCAGUAUGUAUAUUAUAACCAAGACCUACAGAAGUAAUGAAAUGUCAUGAGCAGUGGACGACGAGAUGGAAACCUG